ACACUGGUGACCACAUCCAAUGUGUAUUGAAUUAAUUAUAGAACAUUUAUGGAAAAUUGCAUGUCAAGUUAUUUACUGUAAAAUGUGUUGGGACUUUUUUUUUCUCAAUGUUUUUUAAAUUUUGUGAAAAGAAGGAAACUCUCCCUGGGGAAUCACCGCAAUUUCCCUUUUUUUAACAGGAACCCCCCCACUUAACUAAAAUGUGCCUGUUCUCUUGGUUUCUCCGAGGAGACGCGGGAGAUCAAGUAGCCCACACACACUGUGCAGUGUGUGUGGAAGGGUAAUGCCUCGGGAGCGCAUCACAGGACGACAAACCCCCCCUUCUGCAAGACGCAGUGCCAGAAUAGCGCGAGAAUAGAGUGGCACAAAAGCUGCUUUCUUGUAGUUUGAAGGCAAAACGGGGAAGAUCCUCUCGUCGAAUGCGCACUUCUCUACUAUAAUGCCGAAAUCCUCUUGAUCAUCGUCUUUGCUGGCUCGCGCACAGAGACAUGUAGCGGAGAGAAAAACAAGGGGGACUCCACCGGUGGAGGGAUCUGGGGAUGCACGGGCACGGUUACGGGUGAUUCGUGCCGUUCUGCCGCCGCCAAACAAGACUGGAUAUGCUCACAGAAAGUGGGGACAAGUGAGUUUCGGGGCCCGCAGGAUGGACACUGCGCAGGUGAUCCUCUCCGUGUUGGUGGUUGUGAUUAUCAUAGUGUCGUUGCUGUCCAACGUCCUGGUGCUGAUCUGCUUCCUGUACAAUCCGGAGAUCCGCAAGCAGGUCCCCGGUCUGUUCAACCUCAACCUCACCUUCUGCAACUUGUUGCUGACCGUGUCCAACAUGCCGCUCACGCUGGUGGGACUCGUCAGUGAGGCUCGGCCGGGGGGAGACGGCUUCUGCCAGAUCGUGGGCUUCCUGGACACCUUCCUGUCCACCAACUCGAUGCUGAGCAUGGCAGCUCUGAGCAUCGACAGGUGGAUCGCCGUGGUGUUCCCCCUGAGGUACCACUCCAAAAUGCGCCACAAAGACGCGGUUCUUGUGCUCGGGUACACGUGGGCGCACUCCAUGUCCUUCUCCACGGUGGCCACCUGCUUCUCUUGGGUGGGAUACCACCGGCUUUACGCGUCCUGCACCCUGUUCAACCCGAGGGCGAGCAGUCGGACCCAGUUUGUUAUCUUCACCGUCUUUUUCCACUCCUUCACAUUUUUCCUGUCUUUUAUAGUGCUGUGUGUCACAUACCUCAAAGUGCUUAAGGUGGCAAGGUUUCACUGUAAGCGGAUUGACGUUAUUACAAUGCAAACUUUGGUUUUGCUGGUGGAUAUACAUCCCAGUGUUCGGCAGCGUUGCCUGGAGGAGCAGAGGAGGAGACGACAGAGAGCCUCAAGGAAAAUCAGCACCUUCAUUGGCACCUUCAUGCUGUGCUUCGCUCCCUAUGUGAUUACAAGGAUUGUGGAGCUAUUUCCAGCGGUGCCUAUCACCCCCCACUGGGGAGUUGUCUCCAAGUGCUUGACCUACAGCAAGGCGGCAUGCGACCCCUUUGUGUACUCCCUUCUACGACACCAGUACAGGAAGACGUGCAGCGAAAUCACCAACAGGCUGCUGAAGCGCAGCUCCAUGAACGCAUCCGGGCCCGGGCACGAGACCCAAGUGCACAGCAUACCUGCCGCAGAGUGACAGGUACACAGCGACGCCCCGGCGAAUACAAGGAUGAUUUACCCUAUCGACGAAGAGGAGAUCUAAAAGGUUGUUCCUGUCCACGUCUGCUUGAAUUUAGUCCGACAAGCCAAAUCAAUUAAAAAAAAUAAAAUAAACAUCACUACGGAUGAGGGGAAAUCCUAGCACACCACUGUGGUUGCACACUGAGUUCCCAGAGCAGCAUAUCAGUGCAGUGAGCUUGAGAGGACAAUGAGCAACGGCAGACUUCACAUCCACCUGCAGAGACAGACGUGCUCACCCGAGAACAACGACAAGUUCGUAGCCUCAUUAUGGAACUUUUCUAGUGUGAUAUAAGAUGUUUUGUCAUUAUUUGACAAUGCUCUAAUAAAUAUUUAUAUUAUCUUUUAAAAAAUACAAAAAAUUAAAGGAGUUCUAUCAAAGUGUUUGUAGUUGACAAGUGAUAUGUUCAAAAUGUAUGUAGCACUGAAGACUAGCCUAACCAAAACUUGUCAGUCCCCAAAUUGUAUCACGGAUGAAAACAUAAAACAAAACAAACCUGCUGCACAUUUAGGCUCAGGUUAUUUCCGACUUGAUGGGGUAAAAUACAAUACUAAUUUAACGAAUUUUAUUUUUGUAGUAGUAUUGCUUUUUGUAGUGUUGGGGCCAAUGAAGGAUACCAAAGCAAGAGUGUCUUUCUUUGCUGCACGUGGGUAAACGCAUUGUUUUGAAGAAAAAAAAUAGGCCUUCAAGCCGGCUGCCUUCGCUGUCACAAUGAAUGACGUAUGCCCCUCAGGUUGUUUGGUCAAGUGGAGCGUGAUUAACUGUAUUUGGCGAGGUUUGUGCUCACAGAGAGGAGGAACCCGCUGAGACUCCUUUAUGCUUUCUCACACAUUUGGGCUACACAGGCCAGAGAAAAGAAAAUGUAAAAGAUGUGUUUUAUUGCCUUCACUUAGCAGAGGGAUCACAUGACACCUAAUGGCAUCACAUGAUAUGUAACAGCAAUGACUUCUGUUUUACUUGUAAUGUUUGGGAAAUAUGUAUAUGUAUUUUUAAUGAAAUGGAUCAUCUAUAAAAGGAUGCAAGAUAUCACCUUUUUACUCUCACUUUAAAUAGAUAUUAUCUAUAUUUAUUUAGUCCCGUUGCUUGUAAGGUGAAGUAGUUCCAGAGGCCUCCUGACUGACAAAGUGUGAUCUAUUAUACCUGUUCUAUUCAUUUUGUGUUCUGUAUCAGAAGAUAGGCAGCUCUGCAUCAGAAGGCUAGGCUCCACUUGUUAUAGAGGUGAGCUGCUGUAGAUAGAGGUGCUUUAACACCGUAGUUAUGUCAUGCCGGAUGCACAGUGUCUUUACAUGGUACAUUGAAGGCUGAAAAAUAAGAUACUGUGUGUAUUACAAUGUGAUCAAUGGCGCCCAGUGAGCCAAAUAUUAGUAGCUGCAGUUCAUCUUACUGGAAAACAUAAGAGAAGAUGCGAAUAUUUAUGAAGUUAACAAUUGGUUUCUGCUUUGAUUUUGUGUUCAUGUGUUUAAGGAUCUAUGACAAUACAGAGGAGAAAUGGUUGUCUUGGACACAUGAUGCAUUGCGCAGUGUGUGUGUGACACUCCAAGACAGCCAACGCCUUAAAUUCUGUAAUUUAUGAUGGUUUCAAAUGUUGCCAUUCACAGUGGCAUAUGGAUAUCUUGAACAAUGUACAUGUAUAGAUAUGGUCAAUCAUUGUAACUUUUGCCGAUGUUUUGCACUGAUGUAGAUUAGUCAUUUUCUCACACGAUGAUUAUUCGAUGAAGAACAACAUAAACAUAAAAAAAUAUACAUGAAACAAUAUAAUAUGUGGACAGAUUUAGAGAAAUGAAGAUGUGAAAUAUAUUUUUGUUUCUUGGAUAUACGUACACGUAAUUUAUGCAGCACUGUAUUGGUUUGAGUGUUACAGAAUGUGCUUCUUCACAUGCAAAAUAAGCUUGAACUGUUGUGGAUAGGUGUCAGUGAAUUGAGUGUAAUAUACCUCAUUUUGUUAUGGUAACUGGGUUGACUGCCUGAAGUGUUUUGUUAUGUACAUCCUAAUUCAUUAAACCACUGGCUUGAUGCUG